AUGGCAUCAAACCUUGAGUCCGUCGCAACCGAGCUCGCAAUAAUAAUUGGUGAUUGUCUAGAUGUGAACUCCAUUUGCUCACUUCGACUCGCAUCGCAUUCAACUGCACGACUCUUCACACCUUCACUUCGACCAUUUGUGAAAGGUCUUCAUGCGGAUUUGACCGAGUUUACUUUAAGUAGACUUUGCGAUUUGGCUUUUAACACGGAGCUCGGCUCAGCCGUUCGUAUUCUGAGGCUUGAUUGUGUAUAUUUCCGCACAUUUGACGAACCUUGGGUUUAUAAUAUGGGAGGAAAAGAUGUGCCGUGGACGGAGGAUCAAGAACCGGAACAACAACAAUUCGCAGGUCAGCCUAUGUGUAAAAUGUUGACAAAGGUAUUAAACGGCUUCCCAAACGUCCGGGAAAUCAUUCUUGCAGCGUGUGUGGCUACGUACGAUGAUGAGCGACACGUAGAUUUAUUUGCAUUUAAGUGGACCAAAGAUUGGCUACGCGCAUUUGCGGCGUACCAAGCACUUUUAUCAGCAAUCAUCAAUUCUGGAACUCAACUAGAUAGCCUUGUUGUCUAUCAGAAAUUGAAGAAGUGUAGCAUACCAACACACGCGAUCACCAUUGGCUUACUACCAAUACUUCAUACGACAGGGUUCAAAGCCUUCGGAAUGAAGUUGAAAGCGUUUUCUCUUGACCUAGCUAUGACAACUCAACCGCCGAGGCCUAAUGAGACCUCUCUGUCUAUAAGCAAUGAAGAAGACGUACAAUUGAUGCUUAACCAUGGCGCCUCCACCAAAAACUACAGAGGUGGAUCUGAAAUAGACAUCGAAGGCGUUUCAUUGCUGCUACGACUCAUGCCUAAUCUUGAAUCUCUUGAGAUCAAUUUGUAUCCAGCCGCGAGCCUGGACGAAGAGGCAUAUGGCGCAUUCUUACCAACCUUGUUCAAAGACAACUGGAAGCUCCCUCGCUUAAAGAAGCUCACUUUCCUCGGCCUAACAACGACUCAUGAAGCACUACAAGGUGUACUCACACGACAUGCAGCUACACUCGAGGAAGUCAGCUUUGACCACGUAAAUCUCUCUAGCGGCUCCUGGAAUCAGGUCUUCGAAACGCUAAGUCAGCGGAUGCCUUUGCUCUCAACCCUGCACCUAUCGCUCAUCGCUACUACAUCGGACCCGAUGGAAAUGAAUCUCGAGCCAGCUGACAGGCGCCUUGACCCAAUAGAAAAGCCAGAGCCUCAUAGAGUCUGGAACAUGGAAACGGAAGACUAUGAAAACUGUUGGGUCAGGAGAACUAUCGAUCGUGAUGAAAUCAAACGGGGAUUACGUUUUCGCCCGUUACAGGUGCCACCGAGUGCGCCGGUACUUUCCUUGUGUCAUAAUUUUUAUACACUGGAUUGUAGUUGUUGUGAUUGA